AUAAAGAUAUCAGAAAAAUGUGUUGUUUUGGAAGAAGGCCAAGAAGAAAUUGCAUAUGACUUCUUAGUAAUUGCAACAGGAACAAAAGGGGCUUUCCCUGGUAAAAUCAAACGAGAAACCAGCGUCAAUGAAGCAAUCGCACAAUAUGAAAAGCAGAUAGAGUUGAUCAAAAGUGCACACAAAAUUACUGUGAUUGGUGGCGGUGCAUCAGGGACAGAGUUGGCAGGUGAGAUUGUUGUGGAUUACCCAAAGAAAGAGGUGACCAUGGUACAUUCUAGUGAGGUGUUGAUCAGUCCAUUGAUGGGCCAAUCAUUCAGAGACAAAGUACGUAAUGAGCUCCAGGCUUCGGGAGUCAAGAUGGUUUUAGGAGAAAAAGUGACAAAUCUCAGUGAACUCCCAGUGGACGGUUCGGCAAAGUGUGUUGUAAAAACUGACAAAGGAUCAGAAAUUGAAGCUGAUUUAGUUAUUGUCUGCAUAGGGUUGAAGGUCAACUCAGAUGUCUACUCCAAAGCAUUGGGUGAUUGUAUGGAUGAGAGUGGUAGCUUGAAGGUUCGUCCCACACUUCAGGUCGAGGGUCAUGACAAUAUCUUUGCUGUGGGUGACUGUGCAAACAUCGACAAAAUCAAGAUGGCGUAUAAGGCCGAACGGCAUAGUGGAGUAGUGGCUAAAAAUAUCCAGGCUCUGGCAACCUCUUCCAAACUAAAAAGCUAUGUAGAAG